AAAAUAUGCCAGCUGGAGCCCGAGGGCCGCGUGAGGGUGGACCUGGUGCUGCAGGCGGCGGAAGCCCUGCUGGCCUGCUGCCCCGGGGACCAGAGGCCCCAGAUCCUGGCCCAGCUGAAGGACGUCAAGACCCAGUGGGAGGAGACGGUCACCUACAUGACUCAUUGUCACAGCCGCAUCGAGUGGGUGUGGCUGCACUGGAGCGAGUACCUGCUGGCCCGGGACGAGUUCUGCCGCUGGUUCCAGAAGAUGCUGGUGGCGCUGGAGCCCCCCGCCGAGCUGCAGCUGGGCCUGAAGGAGAAGCAGUGGCAGCUGGGCCAUGCCCGGGUGCUGCUGCACCACGUGGACAGCCAAGCCGUGCUGCUGGACCGGCUGCUGGAGGAGGCCGCCGGCCUCUUCGGCCGGAUCGGGGACCCCAGUGUGGACGAGGCCGCCCAGCAGAAGAUGCAGGCCCAGUACGGCGCCGUGAAGGCCCUCCCGCAGGACCGGGUAGACCUGCUGGAGCGGGUGACCCGGGAGCACGAGGAGUACCAGGCGGGCAUGGACGAGUUCCAGCAGUGGCUGAAGGCCUUGGUGGAGAAGCUGGAUGGCUGCCUGGGGCGAGGCUGCCCGCUGCCCACCUCGCCCCGCCUCUUGGCACUGCAGGACAUCACCAAGGACCUCCCCAGGGGCGAGGAGUCUCUGAGGAGGCUGGAAGAGGAGGCCGCCGGGGUCAUUCGGAACACCUCUCCCCUGGGGGCCGAGAAGAUCACCCGGGAGCUGGAGGAGAUGAGGAAGGUUCUGGAGAAGCUGUGUCACCUCCGGGAGGAGGAGGAGCAGCGUCUGCAGGACCUGGUCCGGUCCAGGGGAGCCUGGGAGCAGCAGGCCCAGUGGCUGGAGGCGGAGGUUGGCACCUUCAAGGGUGGCCUCCAGACGCUGGCGCAGGAGGGCCCGGAGCCCGCGGCAGAGGCAGGGACCGAGGAUGAGCUGGUGGCCCGCUGGAGACGCUACUCGGCCACGCGGGCAUCGCUGGCCUCGGAGGAGCCCCGAGUGGACCGGCUGCAGGCGCAGCUGAAGGAGCUCAUCGCCUGCUCCCACGACCCCCGAGACCUGCAGCCACUCUCCGACAGCGUCGUUGCCGCCGUCCAGGAGUAUCAGAGCCUGAAAGGGAAGAGCACCCGGCAGUGCAGUGCCACGGGGGUGGAGCUGUGGCAGCGUUUCCAGCGGCCUCUGCGGGACCUGCAGCUGUGGCGGGCGCUGGCCCAGCGGCUCCUGGAAGUCACCGCCAGCCUGCCAGACCUGCCCUCGCUCCACACCUUCCUGCCCCAGAUCGAGGCCGCCCUGACGGAGAGCGGUCGCCUGAAAGAGCGCCUGACGGUGCUGCAGCUGAACAGAGACCUGCUGGUCAGCGUCUUGGGCCCGGAGAGAGCCGCGACGCUCCUGGAACAGGUGGCGGCAUCCGCGAGGGACAGAGACCUGCUGCACAAUGGCCUCCUGCAGAGGAAGAGCAAGCUGCAGAGUUGGCUCGCUCAGCACAAAGACUUUGGCGCGGCCUCUGAGCCCCUGCGGAGAAAACUCCUGGACCUCCAAGUCAGAGUCCAGGCCGAGAAGGGACUUCAGCAGGACCUCCCUGGGAAACAGGCCCAGCUCUUGAGGCUGCAGGAGCUGCAGGAGGAGGGGCUGGACCUGGGGGCCCAGCUGGAGGCUGUGCGGCCUCUCGUCCAGGGGAAUCCCAACCACCAGCACAAAAUGGACCAGCUCUCCUCCGACGUCCAGGCCCUGCAGAGGUCUCUGGAGGACCUCGUGGACAGGUGCCAGCAGGGCGUGCAAGAGCACUGCGCCUUCAGCCACCAGCUGCUGGAGCUGCGGCAGUGGGUCACCGUGGCCACGCAGAAGCUGGAGGCACAGUGGGAAGCCGUGGACCCGGGCAACCUCACAUCCCGGGAGGCCGAGGUCAAGAGGCUGGUGGCGGACUUCCCGGAGAAGGAGGCCCAGCUGCCUCUGCUGGAAGCCCACGGCCAGCGGGUGAUGGAGAAGUCCUCUCCGGAGGGGGCCGCGGCGGUGCAGAGGGCGCUCCGGGAGCUGCUGGAGGCGUGGCGGGCUCUGAGGCUUUUGGAGGACAGCCUGCAGAGCCUCAUCAGAAACUGGCAGCUGCAGAGGACGGAAGAGGAUUCGGGGAAGAAGAUGGUUUUCACCAAUAACAUCCCCAAGUUUGGGUUUGUCAUCAACCCCGCAGAUCCUCUUCCCAGACCCCGGCAGCGGGUGAAUCUGCUCCAGGAAGAAGGAGGCCGUGAGGAUUUCUCCCAGCGCCUGAGGAACUUUAAGCUCUGGUUGCAGGUGGAAAACUCCAAGCUGGUUAGAAACAUUGCAAGGAGAAGCGCCACCGCCACAGACCUGAAGACCAGAGAAUCCAAGCUGCAGGUGUGUUCCCAAGGGAAGAUCCCUCGCCCGGAGGGCUUGCCCCCACAGCCUGCUCUUCAUACGGAGCUCGGCCAUUACCACCGCUGGGGCAUCGCAGCGGACUGGACAGCCACUGCAGGGCAGACACCACCGCCGCCACCGCUGCCGCCGCCAGUACCACAUCGCACCACCCGGGCCGGAGGCGAUCCACGACUUCAGUCCUUGAAGCCCCUUCAGGGAAGAUCUGCUGGCAUCGCUGCCACCUCUCCUGUGACCAAGACGUCCUGCCGGCUGUGA